AAUGUUACAGGUGCUUUUGAAAACAUGACGAAAAAGGAUUUUUUAUUGUAACCUUGUACACGGACAGUUAGCCAGCUUCAGCUUCUGCUUUAUGACUGUGAGAUGCCUGAAUAAAUCUACAAGAAAUUGAUCAGAAAUCACCUGACCAUCCCAAGUACAGUUAUAUCUGGUAGUAAAACAUAUGGUAUGGGGACCAGUUUAUACCUGGAUGGAGAAGAUAAAAGCAAGAGUUAUAUUUUAUCAGACAGGUGUAAUUGACUGGAGGGACACUUGGAUAGCAGUGAUAUUUAACGAAGCCUUUAAUGUUUGAUUGAGAGGGAAGAAUAUACAGGAAAGAAGAAAGAACCUUUGAUUACCAGUAGAACAUAUAUAGAAUAUAUUAAUGAAAAGGAAAUGAGGACAGAAAAUCAAGAUUAAUUCUUAGGAGGAUAUUACAUAUAGAUAUAGAUAUAAAAAAUAUACAAUAUUGAGGACAAGGAUAUAAAUAUUAAUCAUGUUUUGAAGUAUGAGGAAGACAAGAAUUCGUUUGGAUAUUAUACAUGUACUAGGAUGACAUAGGUUACAAACAAGACAGAAAAAGAAGAAAAUUUCGAAAAAAAAACGUAACAAUGGCGCCAAAGAUAUUCCAAGAAUUUUCCAUUUGGAAGCUGAAUCUGUAUCUAGCUCUACUGCUCACUUUAGAGACUGUUCUGACUUAUGAUCUCAGGGAUAGCAUAGCUUGUGCUUCAUUUUAUAAAGAUGAACUGAAUAUAACAACGUACUCUACAGAUAUAUCACAAGCGUCUUAUUAUCGCUUCUUAUUGGUAGAUCCUAAAGCAAAAUAUUUAUUGGUUGGUUCUAUGAAUAAAGUAACCAUUCUUAAUUUGGAAAACAUUGCAUCUACAAAACAAGUUAUAGAUUUGAAGCCUGAUCAGGAUAAGCUGAACUACUGUACUUAUCAAAAACCAGAGACACCAAACUGUCAAAAUCAUAUUCGUUUUAUUACUAAUACUACAGACAGUGCUGACAGUCCAGAAUAUUACCUGUGUGGGACUAAUGCUCUCAGUCCGGCAGGAUAUAAAAUUAACCACACUGCGAGCGGGGAGCAGUUCCAGGUGACAAAUCUGGGUGGUGCUGCAUGUUCUGAUGACCCAUUUAGUAACCUUACAGCUAUAUAUGUCAAAAAUGGCAACCCAAAUGAUAAAGAGUUGAUGUAUUAUGGAGCCACAGCUUUUGAUAGAUCUACGAUAUACAGGCCUAUAGAAAGACCUGAUGGAGUAGUAGCAGAGUUCAUGAAAGGUGUCUUCAGUAAUAAAUGGAUGAAAAAUCCCCAGUUUGCAGGUUCUUUUAGUGUAGAUGAAAGAGUUUUCUUCUUCUUUAGAGAAAUAGCUGUAGAAACCGAGUUUAUAGAAACCAAACUAUAUUCACGUGUAGGAAAAGUCUGCAAGAAAGAUGUGGGUGGUGAUUCCUUAUUAAGAAACAAAUGGACAAGUUACCAGAAAGCUCGACUGAACUGUUCCUUGUCUGGAGCUUUCCCUUUGUACUUUGAUGUUAUACAAGAUGUAGUGUCAGUUGAUGAAAAUACAUUCUAUGGUCUUUUUACUACUUAUGCCAAUGGAUUGCCAGCUUCAGCAAUCUGUGCUUUUGAAAAGUCUGAGAUAGACAGAGUAUUAAAUGGACCCUUUAAAACACAGGAUAGUGAUAUGUCCUUCUGGACAGAGGCUAAGGCUAGCACUGUUCCUAGCCCAAGACCUGGACAGUGCUACAAUGAUUCAUUAAAGACAGCAGACACAGUUCUAGGAUUUAUUGUUGAUCAUCCACUUAUGCAUGAAACAGUACAGCAUAAGUACGGGAAACCAGUUUUCUACCUCCCUGGUGAAGAACUCCAACAAAUUGAGAUGGAGGCUGCACCUGGAGUUCAAAAUGGCUAUGUGUUUUUUGCUGGGUCGAAUAGAGGAAAAGUUUAUAAAAUAGCAUCUCAGGAUAAAGGUCAAGAAUACAAAACCUAUGUAUCCAGUAUAUACUCUCCGUUUGAUGAAACACAAGUUAUCUGGUCAUUGAAACAUCAUGACAAGUAUGUGUACCUAGGAACAGACCAUAAAGUAACACAGAUUAAUGUCCAGAAUGACUGUGGGAACCAUCAGUGUGUAGACUCAUGUAUAUAUGAUCCUUAUUGUGUCUGGGACAAAACCUCUGAUCAAUGUGUACAUUACACUCACAAGUCUUCUGACAAAUACUGGAACUUUGAUAAUUUUGAUCCGUUAUCUGCAGAACAUAAAAAUGAGUUUGUCUAUAGUAAUGGAAAAAAUGUAACAAAAGUGGAAUAUGGUACAUUGAAAAUGACACUUAUUAAUAAAAACAUAUGUGGAUUUGGAAAAAAUAUCAUAUGGAAAAAGAGGCGAAAAGACAACAACACUUUUGAAAAAUUAAAGCUAGAUGAGCGUUGUUUUGUAGAUAGUAAAAAUUCUUUAGUUAUUUCUAAUUUGACUUUAAACGAUGAAGGCACUUAUCAAGCCUAUGAUGCAGAAAAUCCAUUACUAAUAGCAGCCAAACAUACAGUGGAAGUUGUUACUGAGAAAAAUUUUAAAAACAUUUACAAGGCAAAAUUUGAUGAUUGGUGUGAUUAUUUUGAGAAAGGGAAACAACUCCAGACAAACUAUCAAAGUAAGUGCAGUCUUGGACAUGAUUAACAUUAAAUGUUUGGUACAGAAUUUACUUGGAGGCAUUAAGAAGUAACCCCGGAUGUGUUCAUUUUAUCAACGAUAUUGUUUCUUACUCAGUUACACAAGGGUAAAACAAUUUACUUCAACACUGAGUUAAAACAGAUUCCUAUGAUCUUAAAUAUAAAAAUCCUCAUCUUCAAAUCCAAAUAUUAAAAAAAAAAGAUAAGAAUCCAGGGAUCUAUGCAGUGAACAAAAAAAAUCGAAAUCCAAAAGAAGAUUGAGAGGAUGGUUUAUUCCUACCUAAAUGAUCAGCUUCAAGUUGUCGUGAAGUGUUGUAACCAACAUAGUGAUAAUUUGACAUCACUGUGCUAAAGUGUUGAUAUUAGAUAGCAUUCACUAAAGUUUUGAUAUUAUACAGCAUUCACAAAAGUGUUAAGUUAAGUUGUGGUAUUGCAUGAAUGCAUAAACUUUUACCACAAGCUUAAGAGUACUUGGUGCAGUUUAUGUGACAAAUGUACAUUUUCCCUGACAUUUGUUAAACAGAGAUGAUGAAAAUUCUACAAAAGAAUGUAUAAAACAACAAACUGUGGUUGUUAAUGUUGAUCAAGUGGUGCUUUGUGAAAAGAAAUGUACUUAACAACUCAACUUAAGUUUACUUGCCAUAUUUAUGUUAUAAAUGGUUAUUAAGUACAUAUUAUCAAAAUAAGGAGAGGGAUGAUGGUGUUCUAUUUGUGUUUUCAUGAAUUUAAAGCCUUUUUUCAAACUUUUUAUUUCUUUGUGUAUAAAUAUUUCUUGAAAUUUUGUGCAUUCCUGUUAUAGCUAUGUUGAACAAAGUUUAACUAUGUCAUAGUUUUGUACAAUAGUCAUGAUAGUAAUGUAAUGUUAUUCAUUCAUAAAAGUUUGAGAUAAAUCAUUACUUUUUACAAAUCUGCUUUUUAACUUUUAAAGUUUUCAUAAUUUAUGCUCUAACAAAAUGUUAUAAGCUUUCAGCUGAACUUUCAGCAUCAGAUUACCAUAAUCAUAACUUUUUCUUUUAUUUAUUGAAUUAAGUUUUGAUCCUAAUGUGUAAUAUUUUCAUCAGUACAUGUUUAUGCUUGAAAUUGUGUUGGGAAUUUCUCAAAGAUGUCCAUAGAUUGUAGGGGACUUUCUCAAAGAUGUCCAUAGAUUGUGAUCAAUACUCGCACAAGACAAGUGUAAUUGUAAUUAUUAUAAUAGUUUUUAAUCCUCUUAAUAUCCAGCAGCAUUAAACAAUUUCUAGUCUUGUUCAUGGAAGAUUCAUUGUCAUUGUAUUAUGUGAUGUUAACACAAUAUGUUGUUAACAUGAUAACAGUUUUAUGAAGUUUACAUCCAUAUGAAGAAAAUUUUAUUUCACUGCCAGUCAUUUCAUGAAUGUACAGUUUUAACCAAUUUGCUUAUUUCAAUCUUUUACUCUAAAUUUUAGGUAAGAUUAUAUUUCAAAAUAUAUAGUCAGCUGGGUAAUAUUGUUCAUGGAAAAAACUUUUGAAUACAAAGAAAUGUAUAUUUUCACUGUUCAGAAUUUAUAUUCUUCUUUAAUUACUUGAAUUUUACAUACUUGUAAUAGAACCUUCAAAUGCUAACUUUUACAAAAUUGACACAAUUCAUAGAUUUGAUUAUUUCCCUAUUGGAUAUGCAAAAUUAUUUAUUAUUAUUAUUUCAAUUUCAUGUUCCAUUUGAAAGAAAACAUUUAUUCAUUUCUCAUUACAUUGUAGAGUCCAUAACUCAUGCCUCUUCAUUACAUUGUAGAGUCCAUAACUCAUGCCUCUUCAUUACAUUGUAGAGUCCAUAACUCAUGCCUCUUCAUUACAUUGUAGAGUCCAUAACUCAUGCCUCUUCAUUACAUUGUAGAGUCCAUAACUCAUGCCUCUUCAUUACAUUGUAGAGUCCAUAACUCAUGCCUCUUCAUUAUAUUUACAUACUAUGCUAUAAGAUUGAAAGGAUUUCAUUCAAGUCACAUUGAUAUUUAUUUGUACAUGAUACAUAGUUCUGUUUGAAACUGGUAUAUCAGUAUUAUUUUUAUUUCUAUUGUUUGUAUUUAAGCACAUAUAAAUUAAUAUUAAGUUUUUAAAGAAUCGUAGAAAUAAAAAGGAGAUGAUAUAUCUUUCAAUAGGGAAUGAUUUCCUUUCUUUUGAAGGUCAAACAAUUGUGUCACAAUAGAGUGUGGUCUUCAUUGAUGAUUUAAUUUACUGUAGGGUCAAGAUGACCUCACCAGGUCAGAACUGUCACAAAUAAUGUUUUCUUACAGACAUUUUGCAUUAUUAUAUAUAGCUAAGUUAAGAUAUGUUUUGGUAUAAGAGAAUAAAUAGAGUCUACCCUAUCUUAACUUGUCAUCAUUUUGAUGUAUUACUCAAAAUCGUACUAAGCUCGUUAAGGCUAUAAAAUUUAUUGCAGUAUUGGUUGAAUUCUGAAAGUCUUCUUAGAUCUUAUAACUAUUUCAUGUUAUUUUUUCAGAUAAAAAAAACCUGUUCUGUUGUGACAAGUUUUAAGAAAUCAUUCAAAACAAGAAUUUAAUUUAUAACAUAUUAUGUCAUUUAGUUUUAACUUAAAUAAGUAUAAAUUUUGAAUUGACUUAAACACUAAUGAUAAACUUAUUAAAAUGUAGUUCAGAAAUUAUAUUUGCUGUCAAAAACUGAACAAAUGCAAAGAAAAUCUUGUGAAUUUUUUACCAUUAAAAUGUUAUAUACUAAAUUUACUGUACUCAAAGCACUAAUACUUGAAGGGAAAAACAAGAUUAGUUACUGAAUUAUUGUUUGGUUAUAAUGGUCAUGAUAGAUGAUUUUUGUUUGAAACAGAAAUCCUGUAUAAUGUCAUUCUAUAUUUGUUGUUAAAUGUGUUUAAACCAUUUUUACUGUUAUUUCUAAUUUAUUUUGUUUAUGCUAUCAUUAAAAAAUAGAUAAUA